CGUCCCCAGUAUUUUAGAAUGAAACUCGGCCGAAGACAAAAAAGAUGUUGUUCAAGACGCUUCUUUCACUGCUCUUGGUUCAAUAUGCGGCGUCCACGUGCAACGUGUGCCAAAGUGCCAGCAAAGUGGCUUGUCACAAUGAAACCACAUUUUCCGUUUGCUAUGACGGAGAGCCAUCGUAUGAUUUGCUGUCUUGUCCAGCGGAUUAUUAUUGCACCGAUGGAUUUUACACUUGUUAUCUGAAUGCUGACCCGGUUUGCAAGCCGGAAGAGGAUACCACAACCACUGAAACACCAAACACCACCACCGAAAGACCAUUAACAACCACUGAAACACUAACUACACGCAUUGUGAUACCAACCACUGAAGAACCAACAACAACCACUGAAGAACCAACAACAACCACUGUAAAACCAACAACAACCACUGAAAAACCAACCACAACUACUGAAACAUCUACUUCCACUACCGAAACAUCUACUUCCACUACUGAGACAUCUACUUCCACUACUGAAACAUCUACUUCCACCACGGAAGUACCCACUACGACCACGGACACCACAACAGCAGCACCUUGGAAUCCGAAUGACCUCUGCGACCAAGCAACUAAAAACACAUUUUUCGAAAACGAAGACGACCCCACUUGCACUACUUUUAUAACCUGCACAGUCAGUGCCAACGGAACGCAUUCUACUAAAGUCACUUCAUGCAAGACGAAUCAGUACUACGACCCAAGUUUGAAAGUUUGCACAUCUACGAAACCGGAUGGAUGCGUAGAGGAAUCCACAACCACUGUGGCCACCACAACUACUGUGACCACCACAACCACUGUGGCCACCACUAGCACCACCACCACCGCAGAGCCCUGGAGCGCCGAGGCAACCUGCUCGACUGUCUCAAAAACCACUUUGUUCGCUAAUGAAGAUGAUCCGACCUGCUCCACCUUUCUGUAUUGUUAUGUUGCCAGUGGAUCAGCUACGGCUUUAAUUAAGUCCUGCAAAACAGACCAAUAUUUUGAUGCCACCUCAAAGGCUUGCAGCAGUACCAAGCCUGAUAAUUGCACAUAAAAUUCAAAUUAUUGAGAGCAAAAAUGAUUGUAAACGACAAUAAAAACAUUUGUUACAAUGAGA